UGAUAAUAUUAAGACAUUUUAUACAAUAGCUAUACCCCGGCCGUGUUAUUCCACUUUUAAUGUACCGUGCUGCAGUAACGUAUUCCUCCCUUCUUGAAUACGCCCUACAUUCUUCAUUUUCGCUUUUCAUCCAUUUCACUCUUCUGGUUUGAAAUCCACCUCUUACUUUCCUUUUCAUUUUCUUUGUAUGUUUUUGGAUACCCGCAUUUCUGUUUUCUUUGAAGCAGGAGGUGCUUUCUUUUUGUAUUCUACACUCACCCCCAUUACUUACACACAUAAAAGAAGAGGGGAGGGGAAGUUCCUGAACUGUUCUUGACAAACAGCCCCAAGCAGAGUGGUUUUAUCUAUACUUUUGUUACUGUUUGCACCAGGAGGUGUGUCGUCAUCUGGGAAUAUUUCUGGCUGCAACUGCUCUGAUUCAAGAUGAAUGCCCCUGAAAGAUUUGAAUCCUUCGUUCUUCUCCCGGGUGAGAAGAAGGUCGAGGUUGAGGUGGAUACCCGUAUCCCGUCCACCGCUAUUUUCACCUUCCACAAAGAAGACCACACUCUUGGCAACAUGAUCCGCUCGCGUCUCAUUAAUAGCUCCCACGUUCUUUUCUCAGGCUAUAAGGUCCCACAUCCCCUAGUCCCCAAAUUCAUCUUGCGCGUACAAACCGAUGGUCAAAUCACACCUAAGGAAGCCGUCAUCACAGCCUGCCACGAACUUGUCAAGGAUCUAGGUUCGCUGAGUCGUGAGUUUACGAAGGAGUAUGAAUUGCGGAAGAUGGUUGGGGUAGGUGUGCAGCAGCAGAAUGCGCAAAAUGGUGUUUAGGGAGCGGUGGUUUGGGUACUUGGGAUUUCGAUUCUUAUGGUGGUGUUACAGACAGCCUGGGAGAAUGUUGGUUGGAUUCUGUAUUCUUUUUACGUCUUUUUCUUUUAUUUAUUCUCCCACGGGAUGGCUUUAUGUGUAUUCUCUUUUUUUUUGGGGAUUUUAGCCCUGGGUGAGACUCGGCGUUGGGGCUGGUUGGGAGAAUUUGAUAAUAUUUUCUUGGAAUUGUAUUUUUCUUGAUUGUUGUCAUUUAUUUAAUUCAUUUAGGGAGGAUGGUUGGUGCCUUACUCAUGCUUGAAGGCUACAAACGUCUUUCUUAAAAAAAUAUUUUUUUAUUCCGUACAAAAUAAAUUCUAGUUUAUUCACUC